AGUAACAUUUUUCCCUUUAAUUGAUCCGAAAUAGGAUGUGCUAGAAAUGACGUUUACAAAAAUUGUACUAGACAGAGUGAAUCGAAAUAAGCUACAUUAAAGUAUAGGCCUACAAGAAUUCCGAAAAACAUUCUCUAUACCAUACAGACUACGUUAUGGAAACAUGGACAGCCAAGUGUUAAGUAGAGACAAUGUUUGCUAUUUGAGCCUCAUGACAGCCUAUUAAGGAAUACGAGGAAAUGGCACUAGAUCAGAUCUAGGUUUUUUUUAGAAGCACAUCACCAUGUUGUGCGAUUCGGAAAUCUUUAAUAAGUUGCCCCUUGGUCCUAGGCCUGAGUUAAAUUACAGAACAGUUACGGGAAAGUUGAAAUCAAUAUGGGAGAGCCAUCCAGAUAAAGAGACAUUGAUAUUUUUUGACGACGACAAUGAACGAACUAGUCUGAAGAAUGAAGAGAUCCAACUGCUGGCACAGAAAUGUUCCUCUCUACUCAGAAGUCACGGGGUCAGAAAGGGAGAUGUCGUCUGCAACUUGUUACAGAGCAGCCUGGAAAGGGAAGUCACCAAUUUUGGUAUAAUUUUAGCAGGUGCAAUUGUCAUGCACGGUGAUGUCAUCAACGACACGAGUCACCAUUUCUGGACGCCCAUUCUCCAAGCCAACGCACGUUACCUGAUUGUUGAGCCCGUCGCCGAGUCUACGGGCUGGAAAAUGCUUAUGGAUGACAUUGAGCCUAGUGGGGCAGACAUUGAACGAUCGACCAACGCUGAAUAUCCACAGAUACAGAAAGUGUUUAAGUUUAGAUUGGAACAUCACAUGAAAGAUGUAAACCGAGAAGCAGUCAAGUCCGCCUUUGAUUUGAUGAAGGCUCACCCAGGAGUGUACGAAGAAAGGGUUUUCUCACACGAUCCCGCAGCCAUCUUUGUCGCCCAGGGCUCACAAAAGCACUACAAAUUGGUGCUACGGAACCACUCCCAACUCUGUCAGAUCGCUCAUCGCGUGGAGGACAUGUUCAACGUCACGCCGGAAGAUGUCGUCUACAACGACUGGCCAAUCAGCUGGCUAGCCGGACUGCCCUUCUGUUACAUAAGCACUGGGUGCUCCAUGGUGAAGUCUACCCUGACUGAAUGUCCGGCCCAGAAAGUCGUUCGAGAGACCUGGUCCCUGAUAGAAGACGAGCACGUGACCAUCGCCAGCCUUCACCCUCCAAUGAUACAGAUGCUGUCCUCUCACUGCGAUGAUUUACCGGAGCCGCACUGGACGCUUAAAGUACUCAGCACCACGGGAUUUGUCCGGCAGUCCGUCAUGGACGCCAUUGGUACAUGCACCACCUCAAUCGUCACCUGCUACUCUCUGAUAGAGGCUGGAGUGGUCUCGAGAUUAAGGCUGACUGAAGAAAAUAAAACCAGGUUCUCUGAAGGCUGCGUUGGAGACCUCAGUGACCCUGUCAGAACCAAGUUUGACACAGAAGGCAACGGGUCAGCCAAGGCCACAAAAGUGGGUGAAAUUCUACUUCAAGGGAAACUAGUCUGUAAAGAGUAUUUCAACGACCCAAACUUAACAAAGAUGUCUUUCACAAAUGACGGAUUUCUAAUGACUGGAGACUUGGGAUUUUAUAAUGAAGAAAAUCAGCUGUUUGUUCUUGGUCGUAAGGUGGACGCUAUAAUCCGAGGAGGUACCGCCAUCUUUCCUAGAGAUAUUGAAGAGAAGGUCAACCAGUGUCCUGGUAUAUGGAAGGUCAAGGUUGUUUCAAUCAAAGACUACAAAGGAAUUGUUCAGAUGUGCGCCUGUGUGAUACCCAGAACAGACGAUUCCCUAACAAUCGAAAGGGUCAAAGAAUUCUGCCGCUACCAGUUGGGAGGCACGUACGAUGCAGACGACAAUCCGCACAUGCCGACCUACGUUUUCUUUUUUGAAGAGUUCCCCAUGCACAAAGGAACAGUCAAUCGGCGUAUGUUGGCGUACAUGGCCUCAGAGAUCGUGCACGGCAAUGCCAACUGCGAGUACUGAAACCCUUCAAAGAUGAAAUCUCGACUAAGCAAAACAUGCCCUUCUCGUUAGUUCAACUGAAUACUUUCCAGGUUUUCCUCGAAGUAGAUCUCUGUGUCACAGACUUAUCCAUGUAAAGAAAUAGCUGUUUUUUAUGUUUAGACUAUCUACAUGACUUGUACUAUUUCCUAUUUUCAAUGUAGAUACAGCAAUAAAACAUUUAUUUUUGAAGUUUCUGUGUUUAAACCAAAUAAAGUUCAGAAAACAAAGGUU